CAAUUGAUCUGCACGCCAUCGCUCGUGACCCCCUACUUCAAUCUCUCCUUCAGCAAGUUUCUCCACGUUGGCCUCGCUUACUUCUUCACACCUUGUGCGCAGCAUGAACUCGGCCGAUGGAGUCCUUUGAUGCGGAGAUUGAUUCUGUUUUGGACAGUCUGCCUUUCUCCGCACCCUGCUCUAAUCUCUCCGAUUCUUUGUUUUUGAGCGAGGAGAUCGAUACCAUCGACGAGCAGUGGUGGCAACAGCUUACUCUACCUUCUCCGAAACACGAGGGAGGGUUAGAGGAUCCAGAAGAGGGGGCUUUCCUCGCUGAUGAGAACACCGGUUGUGGUGCUAUCUCCUCUUCCUGCUCUUCGCCAAAUGUUACCUCUACUUCACAACCCGAUGUUGCCGCUGCUCCCUCAUCUUCGCUUACCAAGCGGAGUGCUGAUUCCAGCCCUGAAUUCGAACAAGAUGAUCCUAAACGGCUCCGGAGGUUAGAGAAGAACAGGGAAGCCGCCUCCCAGUCACGAGCUCGUAAGAAAUCCUACAUGAAGGAUCUUGAAGUCAAAUGCCGGAUGCUAGAAGCGCACGUAGCACACCUUCAACGAGUCAUGACAAUGACGUCAAUGGAGAAUGCGGCGCUUAAGGAUGAGCUUGUCCGCGUGAAGAAACCCAAGGAUAGUGUCAAGACCGGUGUCGCAGAGCCUGCAGUGCUUGAAAGCAACUCCCUGCCGUCGGAGUUCCUGCGCCACCUUUCAUGCCAUUACCCUUUCCCCCAGCAGGUUCCUUCCCCUACCGCUGGCCACUUCCAAAAGUUUCUUCUCACCCUGCUGCAGCUACUAAUGCUAGCAGCAGUAAGCGGGUUAAGAGGUCCUCAAAAUAGUCUACCCCAGCCAAUUCGCGAGGUAGUGUCUUCCAUUCCAAUGAGUAUGGAGCUCUACCGUGCAAUUGAAGGUGGUAUUCUGGGGAAAACGCACCUUCGGAGGAAGAAGACCCAUCUUCAAUACGACUCCAAUUUUAGAUGGCGUGGUCGUUCGUCGGAACGGAGACCAUCAAGAAGGAAAUGUCGGAGGGUUAAGCGUCUUCGCUCUUCGCAGAUACUUUAGAAUUUUUGAGUAGCACAUUUUUUUAGCAGUGUACAUGUACAGCAUACAGAUGCCCGAGACAUCAAUAUUUUUCUUUUCGAGUAUUUUAAUAA